CCAUCAUCUCGUAUCAAUACGCACUAUUCGCCAAACCAAACUGCGAACUCCACAGUCAUGGGUCGUAAGAACCAAGCCCCAGAGACAUCCUUCUCCCCUCCCCUCCCUCCCUCUCAUUACCUCGUCCACCUCGGCGCUCCUCAGGGUUCCAACAACUUUCUCUCUUUCGACACGGCUGGAGAAGAGAGAUUGGUGGAAGUUUCAAAACUGUUGAGGAGGAACAAGGGGCUGAUCGUUAUGCGAGGCGACUUUGCAAUCAUCAAUCUCUUCCCUAUACAGCCUGAUGAGAAAACCUCAAGGCUUGUAGGCGAGAUUGUUCACAUCAUGGAUAGAUCAGAUAUCAAAGAAUGGAAGAAAGCCGGUGCUUGGCCGGAAGGGUUCGGAGAAGAGCCUGCACCACCUCCUCAAGAGGCUGAAGAGGCUGAAGAGGCUGAAGAGGAGGAAGAUCAGGAAGAGCAAGAAGGAAACGAAAGUGCAUAGAUAGCUGGCGAACCAGAACAGCCGACCUGGUCGUUGAUCCGUCGUCACGCCCAGCGCCACGGUCUCGGAAAGCGGGGCAAGCGCUCCCUCUCCACCAUAAGACAUACCGGUCUACUCAAGACAUGGCAUACAAUGCAUA